AUAAAUUCUUAAAUAAACAUUCUUCAUUUGUGAAUCGUGAUUCGUAAUAUUGAACAUUGAAGUGUUUUAUUUUUCCGUAGACCGUAAUCACUGGUCAGUGCGACACUGCAAGUUGCGAUAUUUGCGAGUUCCUGUACAUAGCAAGACAGACGCAUUUUGGUUUGCAACGAAGUAUUGGGCAAUCUUUGGCAAUCCAUUUUUUGACAGUCAUGGACACCAAAGUUGAUCUGCUGAAAUUGUUGGACGACAAUCGUUUGACCGUUGCGCAAGGGAUGUCCGACCGAAAAAACGUAUUAUUCGUCGUCGGCAAGUCGUCUGCCGUCAAGGAAUUAGAAGAGUUCGCUAGUUGUAAUGCCGACAGGGCCAACGUGAAAAUCGAAAUUGUCGAAAACAUUGGCCUUGCGACCGACGGACCAUUGUACAGCGCCAUUCUAUCGGGCUUCGGGGCAGAUGACAAUGUGUCGUGCGACUUGAAUUUAUUACCAACAUACACUACACUGCUGACUGCUGGCGGCACGCUGAUCGCGAAAACCGAUGUAGGGACUGAGGAUGCGCUCGUGAAACGUAUGAAACUGUGCGGUUUCCUUAAUGUUGCUAAGAGUGAAUCUGUUCCAGGAGUGGUUGUCGGCAAUAUGCCCACGUACAAGGUUGGGUCCAGCGACAAAGUCACGUUGAAUCCAGAGAUGAAAGAAAAUGUUGUUUCAGCAUGGAAGUUGGACGAUAAUAAUUCCGAAACAAUAUCUGAAGAUGAUUUAUUAGAAGCCGAUGAUUUAAUAAAACCGGAUUCUUCCUCACUCAGAGUGUGCGCUACUACCAAAAAAGCUAAGGCUUGCAAAGACUGUAGUUGUGGAUUAGCAGAAGAACUUGAAGCCAAUCGUCUCAAGGAUACACCCAAACCAGACACUUCCAAUGCCAAGUCGUCUUGUGGAAGUUGUUAUCUAGGUGAUGCAUUCCGCUGUGCAAGUUGUCCGUAUCUGGGUAUGCCAGCUUUCAGACCUGGCGAGAAGGUUCAACUCGCCGGAAACUUGUUACAGGACGAUUUCUAAUCGCUAUAUUCUGUCAAUAGCACUCAACACACAACUAGAAUAUUUAUACAACGGUAUUUUAAUUAUAAUAUUAUGUAUAGACAUCAAAAAUUCAAUUUUUGAAAUAAAUAAACAAGAUAUUUUUUUUUUA